AUGGCGCAACAGGGCCACCAACCUGAAGAAGCGUCCAGUGAGCUAUCCCACCCAGCCCCAUUGUCCAUAAAUCAGACCAGUCCUGUCUCUACCAUGCCAUUUGCGGCGCCGUCGCUCGAAGGUUGGCCACCCGUUUCCCAUGUGUCUAUCGCAUCUCACACCCGAGAUAUUAUCAUGUCUGAAAAUAUCACUCCGCCGCAGGAGAAUCUAAUCUUACCAGAGAUACCAGCUCCUGUCCAGUCUACUGCUCCAGUCCAAGUUGCCACUAAACCUGCGUUACCCUCUCGGGCUACCACUUCUGAUACUAAUGUCCGGGCUUCAUCUCAACAUUCAGAUGUAGUAAGCACUAUGCCGAAGGAAGCGCCGUCUCAUGGAGCACCUACUAGGAGAUUUUUGAAUGAAAACGUCACAGGAGUAUUACUGGAUGGCCUAAAAAUGAUAGCGAAAGACAGACCCUCUAAUCCGUUGAGAUCACUAGGCGAGUACUUGAUCGAAAGGUCAAAAGAAAACAGGAACAUAUAA